GCAGAGUGGAAAAAAUCAUUCAGUUCUCUCGGUCUUCCAGUUUCACUACUAUUAGUUGAAUAUUGUUACUUGUUGAACCGUUUUCAAUUCUAAGAAAACCUCUUCUAACGUACCUACCUAAUAACAAUGGCUUUCAAAAUGAAUAUUGCUUUCGUCUUCGCCACCGUUUUCUGCCUACAGACAUUGAACUUAGCUUCGGCUAAACCAUCCCCUGGUGGUGGAUGCGGCUGUGAAGGCUUCGAAGGUGGAUUUGGCCGAGAAUUCGUCGGCGGUGGAUUUGGCCGAGAAUUUGUUGGUGGAUUCGGUGGCGGCUGCGGUCCCAUUUCGCCUCCUAUUUCAUUCUUACCAGUACCUCAACCAGUGCCCAUUCGAGUCCGGGAACCUCAAAGACAAUCGGUGACCAUCCCGAAUAUCAUCUUGGCUCUUCUGCCGCCCAAUCAAAAAUCGCAUAUUGCUCCCAGACCAAUAAUCCGUCCACCUCCGGUAGUUCUUCCUUUGCCUCAACCUUUCCCGUUCCCCAUUGGUGGUGAAAGAUGUGGAUGCUUGUAAAUGUACGAGUAAGCUACUGUAAAUGAAUACCUACAACCUACAAUAUUUGUUCUGCAAAAAUUACUUUAUGUACUUCUUGUACUUGAUAUGAAAAUAAAUACAGUGCACUUUUUACCUUA